UCAAUACAUAACCAUGAAUACAUUCGAAGUUGAUUUGUGUCAACUAUGUGUUCAUAAAAUAAAAUGCUUGAAUAUCUUCUUUUACUGUCGCACUUGCUCGCGGCGGAAUCUUGUGGAGAUUAUUACUGGAGAGAUUUCAGCGGGAGAAUCCCAUCUGAUGCUAUUCCUGCGGGAAACAAUGCUAAUGGAUUAUCUUACAUCGGACAAGCAUAUUUGCACCUAUAUGGAGUAGGAGUGGGGACCAUAAUUCCAAAUACCUCGGAAAUCUUAGUUCCAUGUUACGGUCAUGUUCAUGCCAUCAACACUUUUAUCAAAAUAUUAUGCUCUUCAAUUCCUUCAAUGUUUCAUUGGAUACACACUAGCGUAAGUACAUUCAAGAUGAAUGUUAAGGAUCAAUGUCCAGUAUUAGGGGGCCUUGACCGCAAGACUUGGGACAUUACAGGUACCAAGGGCAAAUUGAACAUCGGAAGAAUUUAUCGUAAUGGAGAAGUAAUAGUUGGUCCAGUCGCCUCUUAUGAAAACAAUGAUGUGUGGUUCUAUUAUGCUUCCAAUGGAAUUGAAGUUCAAGAAUCACAUUACGAAGUUCUCGUAUAUCGUGGUCAACCUACAGUUGAUAAUGAUACCGUAGUCAAAGAAGUUUCGUAAAAAUAGAAAAUUGGAAUUUUUUCA